GAGGGGCGGGGCUAGGAUGUGGCGGGGAACGGUGGCGCGGGUGUUGCGGAGCGGCAGAACCGGGAAUUCCCGGUUCGUUUCGGGAACGGCGGCGGUGGUUGAGUUCCGCCGACGUUUGGAGAGGGAAUUAGAGGACAUCCGAGGAGCCGGGACUUGGAAAAGCGAGCGGAUUAUCUCUUCCCGUCAAGGCCCUCAUCUCCGUUUGGAGGGCGGUGGAACCGGGAUCCUCAAUUUUUGCGCCAAUAACUACCUGGGUCUCUCCAGCCACCCCGAGGUGAUCCGUGCUGCCGUGGAGGCCCUCGAGAAAUUCGGUGCUGGGCUCAGCUCCGUCCGUUUCAUCUGCGGUACCCAGAGCAUACACAAGGACCUGGAGGAGAAGAUCGCACGUUUCCAUCAGCGGGAAGAUGCCAUUCUUUACGCCAGCUGCUUUGAUGCCAACGCUGGUAUCUUUGAGGCCCUGCUGACCCCGGAGGACGCGGUGCUGUCGGAUGAGCUGAACCAUGCCUCCAUCAUCGAUGGGAUCCGCCUGUGCAAGGCUAACAAGUACCGCUACAAACACAUGGACAUGCAGGACCUGGAGGCCAAGCUGCAGGACGCGCAGAAACAUCGUCUGCGGCUGGUGGCCACCGACGGUGCCUUCUCCAUGGAUGGUGACAUCGCACCCCUGAGGGAGAUCUGCCAGCUGGCCCAGAAGUACGAUGCCCUGGUCUUCAUUGACGAAUGCCAUGCCACAGGCUUCUUGGGACCCAGUGGCCGGGGUACCGAUGAGCUCCUGGGAGUGAUGGACAAAGUCACCAUCAUCAACUCCACCCUGGGAAAAGCUCUUGGAGGAGCUGCAGGUGGGUACACAACUGGCCCCAAACCCCUCAUCGAUUUGCUCCGCCAGCGCUCCCGCCCGUACCUCUUCUCCAACAGCCUGCCUCCCGCCGUGGUGGGCUGUGCAUCCAAGGCCCUCGACCUCCUCAUGGAGAGCAAUGCCAUUGCACAGUCCAUGGCUGCCAAGACCCAACGGUUCAGAAGCAAGAUGACGGCAGCUGGCUUCACCAUCUCAGGGAAAGACCACCCCAUCUGUCCCGUCAUGCUCGGGGACGCUCGGCUGGCUGCAGUGAUGGCUGAGGACAUGCUGAACAGAGGCAUUUAUGUCAUUGGCUUCAGCUACCCCGUGGUCCCCAAGGGAAAGGCCCGUAUCCGGGUCCAGAUCUCGGCCGUUCACAGCGACGAGGACAUCGACCGCUGCGUGGAAGCCUUCACCGAGGUGGGACGGAAACACAGAGCGCUGCCUUGAGGGCCCAGCGAACUCCUCCUCCGGCACCAUCCCUGCCCAUGCCUGUGCCCGGGGGAAACGGCUUUAGCAGCACGCUGCUGGAAGCAGGACCGGUCCUCAAGGCAUCGCAGCCUGCGGGAAGCUGUGGCCGUUCCAGCACGCUGGCAGCGGCGCUGGCAACCAGCUCUUGUGUCAUUAAAGGUGUCCUGCAGUGCA